CCAAAAUCAUUCAUCUCAUUUUUAUCUUUCUUCUACAGCUCAAUACGAAAACACUCAGAUUUUGCUUAGUUGAUGCGUGCUCCCUCCAAUCGCAUAAGCCAUGCACAAAGAUCAACAACUCCUCCUCCUCCUCUUCCUCCUCUUCCUCCUCCUACCUCAGUCUUUUAGUAUCCCUAUUGAAAAUAAUCGAUGCACCACCUCUUGUGGCGAGAUCGCCAACAUAAGCUACCCAUUUCGGUUGAAGGGCGACGAGGAGGUCUGUGGCGACCCUAAUUAUGAGCUAGCCUGUGUAAAUAACCGCACAGUUCUUGAUUUGUACUUGAGCCAAUACCAUGUAAGUUUCAUUGACUAUACCAACUACACAAUUAGGGUUGUUGAUGUUGAGCUGCAAAAGGGCAAUUGCUCGUCUCUUCCUCUCCACUCUUUGUCAUGCAGCAGCUUCUUGAACGACAAAUCAAAUCUGUAUAAAUGCGGGGGAUACCGGUACAAUGAUAGAGAGUUAUCCAAGACAGUUUCAAUUGUGAAUUGCACGAAGGCCGUUGCUUCUCAGCUAUACAUCGAUGCUUCAUCAUGCCUUGAUGGGGUCGAAUUUUCAAAAUUUUCCGGUACAAGAAGGCAAUUAUAUGCCAUGGUCGAUGCUAAUGUCUCAAAUAUGGAAAGUGCGUGCACUAUAGAGCAUAUGGCAAUGAUACCAGGGUGGGCUGAUGGAGACAAUCUUCGUUCCUAUGCGCAAAUCCAUGAUCUAAUGGUUUAUGGGUUUGAGCUUUCAUGGCUUCCGAUUGCCUGUAAGAAGUAUUGCAGACAUUAUUUCGUGUGCGACAUCAAUGACAAGCACCAAAUUCAGUGUAGUGCCAAGAACGAUAUCGCCUUUUACCUCACCUUAAUUGCCGAGGUUAUUGAAGUGAUAUCGCUCUUUAGCAUCGGUAAACAUCAAUACAAUCUUCAUUGUGAAAUCAAAAAUCACUUGUUACAAACUCAAUCUCUAUUGCGGAAUACGGUUCGUUGAUGGGAUAAGCCCGCUCUGGCUCUUGCUCUCGCUCUUUAGCAUCGGUAACAUUACUAUAGUCUUCUCAUUGUGAAAUUGACUUUAAAUCUUUAAAUGCAAACAUCUAACACACCCUCAAAUUGGUUAAAAAUAUACAGUGUUUCAAUGCAUGGUUGUGAAAUUCAUCUUGGGAGCCCCAUGCGUGAUGAUAUUAUUAAUACGCAAAUGGAGGAGAAGACAUUUAGCAAUGGAUCAAAAUGUUGAAGAAUUUUUGCAAUCUAAUAAUUUCUUGCCGAUAAGGUAUUCUUACUCGAACAUCAAGAAAAUCACGAGUGGCUUUAAGGAUAAAUUAGGAGAGGGAGGGUAUGGUUCCGUUUUCAAAGGAAGACUCCGGAGUGGCCAUGAGGUGGCGGUCAAGAUUCUAAAGGGAAAAACGAAUGGGCAGGACUUCAUUAGUGAAGUGGCUACCGUUGGCAAAAUUCAUCAUGUCAAUGUUGUUGGACUCAUUGGUUAUUGCUUUGAGGGCUCUAAACAAGCUCUUGUCUACGAUUUCAUGCACAAUGGAUCUUUGGAUAAGCACAUUUUCUCACGAGGACAAGGGAUUUCCCUUGAAUGCAAGGAAGUGUAUGAGAUUUCUCUUGGAGUUGCUAGAGGGAUUGAAUAUCUUCAUCGAGGAUGCGACAUCCAAAUUUUACACUUUGAUAUUAAGCCUAAUAACAUUCUUUUGGAUAGGGAUUUCACCCCAAAAGUUUCUGACUUUGGGCUCGCAAGAUUGUAUCCCACGGAUUACAACACUGUGUCUCUCACUGCCGCAAGAGGAACCUUAGGGUACAUGGCUCCGGAGCUCGUCUUCAAGAACCUUGGAGGCGUAUCUUACAAAGCCGAUGUCUAUAGUUUCGGAAAAUUGUUAAUGGAAAUGGCUACUAAGAGGAAAAAUGGGGAUGUGGUUUCAGAGUAUUCCAGUCAAAUUUACUUUCCUUUGUGGAUUUAUGAUCGACUCUGUAAAGAAUUGGAAAUUCCGAUGGAAGUCAGUGAGGAUGACAGGAAAAUAAUAAAAAAGAUGAUAAUAGUUGCUCUUUGGUGCAUACAAUGGAAUCCUGACGAUCGCCCUUCGAUGCAGAAAGUCUUGAAAAUGCUCGAAGGAGAAGUAGAUGAUCUACAAAUAUCUCCCAAGCCACUCUUUUAUGCAACAGAAAUGUCAAGAAGGGAUGAUGGAACUUGGACCGAUGAAGGCAAUAAUACCAUAUCCACUACAUCAACUAGUGCAAUAACUUACGAAGAUUCUGGUCUUGAGUGUACUAGUAUUAGCAUUACGCAAGCAUAGACACAUAUCAAAACCGUUUGAUCUGUUCACAUAUGUGGCGAAUUGAAGCAUGGUAGUGAUGAUGUUUCAUGUGUAGCUCCCCUUUCUUGGCCAUCAUUAUAUCAUAGAUGUUUAUGACUA